GAGUGACGGUUGAGGAUGAGAGAGAGAGAGAGGCAGUGAGAGAGAGAGGAUGGAUUAAAACAUUCAUGGUUUAAUAGCCACGACGCUUAUUAGAAAACAUGGACGGGGGAAACUAUGGGUUCCCCCGUGAAUAUUUUGAUCGUUUAGUCCAAAGUCAAGACUCCUCGGUAGUAAACAAAUUCCAGCAGAAGUACUGGAAAACCAAACAGACGCUAAUCAAGGUCACAGGGAAGAAAGAAGACGAGCAUGUGGUCGCCUCAGAUGCAGACUUAGAUGCCAAACUUGAGGUGUUCCACUCUGUGCAGAGGACGUGCAUGGAGCUCCUCAAAGUGAUCGAACAGUACCAGAGAAGAAUAUGUUUUUUAUCUCAGGAGGAGAACGAGUUGGGCCGCUUCCUGCGUUCGCAGGGGUCUCAGGACAAAAGCCGUGCGGGGAAGAUCAUGCAGGCUACGGGAAAAGCCCUCUGCUUCUCCUCUCAGCAAAGGCUGGCGUUGCGUGUCCCGCUGUGCCGUCUGUACCAGGAAGUGGAGACGUUUCGUUACAGGGCCAUCUCAGACACGUGGCUGACCGUGAACAGGAUGGAGCAGGCCAGAACGGAGUACCGGGGGGCGCUGCUGUGGAUGAAGGACGUGUCUCAGGAGCUCGACCCCGACACGCACAAACAGAUGGAGAAGUUCCGCAAGGUUCAGGCGCAGGUGCGUCACACCAAGACGAGCUUUGACAAGCUGAAGAACGACGUUUGCCAGAAGGUGGAUUUAUUGGGAGCCAGCCGUUGUAACCUGCUUUCUCAUGUCCUUACAAAUUACCAGACCACGCUGCUGCAUUUCUGGGAGAAAACGUCUCACACCAUGGCCGCCAUCCACGAGAGCUUCAAAGGCUGCCAGACCUACGAUCUCUCAGCGCUUAAGAUGCUGCAGAAUAAAGGUUCUGAUCAGGGAGCAAAGAAAAGAGUGAAAAAGAAAAACAAGACAAAAACGGAAGAAGAAGAAACGGGUCCAACCACAGAGGACACUCUUAUUUCAAUAGAUGAAGAGGAUCUAAAUAAGGACGUGAGUCAGUCAGGCCCAGAGGAGGCGCUGUCCAGCAGCGGUCAGGAGAAGGACAGCCUGAGCCUGCUGAGCGAGAUCCUGGGCUCGAGCUCGUUGGAGGAGGGUGAUUUCUCCCGUGAGUGGAGGGAGGUGUUCGGAGAGGACGAGUGCCUGGACAGCGGAAGCAGCAGUGCUGCCGGACUCUCAGAUGUCCAGCUGGAGGAGGAGAAGGGUUCAUUCUUUCUCCCUUCACGCCUGCUGGACCAGAACAUUCACAACUUGCAGUCUGCAGUCUCAGGCUGGACUAUGGCAAAUCCACAGAGCACCGCAGGCCCAACUGAACAAACGGCUGGAGCCAGUCAGAUCACUUCCAAACCCACAGCAAGAGACACCCCUGAAACCAUAAAGGAUCGCUCUGCGUGGUUCAACCUGUUUGCUGAUCUGGAUCCUCUGACCAACCCGGACGCAGUGGGCAGAACAGACAAGGAGCACGAGCUGCUUACUGCAUAAACAUCUCCUCAAGCACCUCAUCUAUCUCUACCUGCUGCAGCCGCACAAAGGACAGACUGGACCUCUACAGACGCGUUUGUUGCAUGAUUAUUUCCUUACACUGUAACAAAUAUCCUUCAACCUGGACUGGUUGUUCAGAUUUGUGAGCCAAAGGAAGUCAAAACCAUUGCCUUCUGUAGUUCUUCAUCCUUCUCAUAUCUGUGCCAAUAUUUGUUUUAGCUGCAAGGAAUUCUAUUAUGCUAAAGUGGUAUAAUUUGAGCUACUGAUCAUUUUUUGUUUUUUGCUUGCUGAAGAAAAGUAUAUUACAGGCCAAAUUCAGGAAAACGUUUUAAAGGGGAAUUCCACUGCUUGUUUUCAGUUGCUGCACAAUUCAGUCACUAAGAUGAUGAAUAUAUAAAAGCCAUUCUGAAUAUGUACA